GGUCUCCCGUCCCGCUCUAAUUUUUCCUUCAUCGUCACACCGCAAGCGCCUCGGACCCCACCUUGAAUACCGGCGCUGAAAUUCGGGCUAACAAUGACGACUCCGCUCCCCUGUGCUGCGCAGACAGCCCCUCAGGACGGUCCGCCGAUCCCACCCAACGCCGCUCGCUUGCCCCAGACGAAGCAGCUCGAUGCGCUCUUGACCAUUAUUCGCGACGAAUCGACGAGCCGGUCCGACUUUAUCUUUUACUCUGACCGCAUCAUCCGGCUCCUCGUCGAAGAAGGUCUCAACCACCUGCCGACGCUCGAAAAGACGGUCAAUACGCCGACGGGCCUUCCUUACACGGGCGUCUCGUUCCAGGGCAGAAUCUGCGGCGUCUCGAUCCUGCGCGCGGGCGAGGCUAUGGAGAGCGGCCUGAGAGAGUGCUGCAGAAGCGUCAGGAUCGGCAAGAUCCUGAUUCAGAGGGACGAGGAGACGUCGCAACCAAAGCUCUUCUAUGCGAAGCUCCCGGAAGACAUUGCCGACCGAUGGGUCCUCCUCUUGGACCCCAUGCUUGCCACGGGAGGCUCGGCACUGCAGGCCAUCGAGGUGCUGAUCAAACACGGCGUCAGCCCGCAGAGGAUCCUCUUUCUGAAUCUCGUCGCCAGCCCAGAGGGCCUCGACAACGUCUGGAGAAAAUUUCCAGACGUGCGUGUCAUUAGCGCUUGGGUCGAUGAGGGGCUCGACGAGCGCAACUACAUCGUACCCGGCCUGGGUGACUUUGGGAACCGGUACUGGAGCGAGUGAAGUUGUUUGCAGCAUGCAAGAUGAAAAUGGCUCAGCAAGGCACGCAAGCAAAGGCAAAGGGACAGCAGGGACACUUUCCAUUGACAGUGCAGAUGAAAAGCAGACGAGAUUAGCGAGAGUGCCAAAAAAGCAAGUGUACAUAAACCACACAAAUACAAAGGAAUCAACAACAACAGUGUAGGAA